AUGGCUCAAGAGUACUUCAAAGCUGCGUGGGAGGCGUAUGUGGACAAGCCCAAGUUUCCGGAAUGGAUGAGAUCUCGGUAUCCCGAAGCUUUGAAAAAUUUUGAAGAGAAUUCGGAUUUAUUGUCGACGCCUUUCGAUGUUCACGAAACUCUGGUGGACAUUUUGCAUUUCAAGUCUUUGGACCUCGAUGCCAAUCUUACUUGA